CGUGUCCACAUCUCCCAGAGCACCAUGGAGUGUCUUCAUGGCGAGUUCGAUGUGGAGCCAGGGAACGGGGGUGACCGCUGUGACUACCUGAGAGAGAGGGGCAUUGAGACCUACCUGGUGGUAGUUCCUAAAGGACCUGUGGGAAAGAAUGGGAUCAACGGUGUAAAGCUGUCUGUAACCUCUUCCAAUGGAAACUCCCCGCUGUUGAUCAACACCACAGAGUGUAACGGCAGUGUCAAUACCGCCUGCACCACACCGGAGGAACCAGAAGAACUGGACACCCGGGUGGUGAAUCCGUCUUUCCCUAACCCUCGCAGAAGGCUGCGGCUGCGGGACCUGGCUGAAAGGGUGAUUGACGCUCAGGAGAACGAACAGGAGCUCAACAAACUGCUCAAUGAGGCUCUGCUGGAGAGAGAGACGGUGCAAGCUCUGAAGGGGAAACACACCAACAAGCUCUCUCUGAGAUUUGUGGAUCCAGACCUGGAGACCCGUUACUCAGUGGAGAAGGAGAAACAGAGUGGAGCUGCCUUCUGUUGUUCCUGUGUGGUCCUGCUCUUCACUGCAGUUAUGGAGGCUCUCAUAGACCCCUGGUUGAUUGCAAACUACAUCACCUUUGCAGUGGGAGAAGUCCUGCUGCUCAUCCUGACAAUCUGUUCUCUGGCUGCCAUCUUCCCUAGAGUGAGUUACAACACAUGGAACACACACUCAAAUGUGUCAUGUUUUCACUACCUGGUAGGCCCUGGUACCACCUAAUCACCUAAUCUAGAUACAACAACAAUCAAUCUGACCAAACCCCAAAAUCUGUGUAUGCAUUCUUCUGCGGUUCCUACCAAGGGCCAGGAAACAUGUCCUUUGUUAACAGAGAAACUGCGUUCUCUUACGCACAAACUGAGAAACUCUAGCUCGCUUACUGACAGUUACACCUAGAGCCGAGGGGUCUGUCCGAGGUUUCUGCCUCUUAAAAGGAAGUUUUUCCUUGCCGCCGUCGCCAAGUGCUGGCUCAUGGUGGGAACUGUUGGGAACUGGAGCCACAUGAUGUCAGUCACCUCAUCUCAUUUAUGUGCUCAUAUUAUAGUUAAAUAGCUUGGGUUUUUUGAAGUGGGGUUGUUUGAGGUAGUUAUUCAGUGUAUUACCUACAGCAGACAGAGGUCACCAUGUCCCCAGUUUGGAGAAUGUACUGCUGUGGUGUAUGUUAUAUUUACAGUAUUUUUACAACUUUUACUUGCCUUUUCCAACAGGAGCUGUAGCCUUAUAUUCUCCAAAGCCACCAGACUCCUUUGACAAAAAGUAAUUUUACCUUGUAGAACAUGGUACUCCCUGGUCUACCGCUGUCUCAAUCCGCAGCAGCUAACAUUAGUUAAUAUUUUUGAUGCAAACUAAUGUGUUAAAACACAAAAGUCACACAAUAACACAAAUAAGACAAAUUAUUUGAGUUUCACAUCACUAACCCUUUAAACAUGUGCAUCUCAAAUGAGUCUAUUGUGAACAUUUACUGAUGGUGCAGUUUUAUUGUGAUAGAGGAUAGCAUAAUGGUGUACAGCAAGUGUGUGUGUGUUUGUUUGGCAUGGAGCAGUACUUUUGAUUCCACCUCGUCAUGGAAAGUCAGAUGUAUUGAUAACCAGCAGAGAGGCCAGUAUUGACUGCUGUCACAGGCUGCAUUUGGGUCAGUCAGCAGCACACACACACAGUCAUCCGAGUUGUCGAAUGCAGAGUUGCUGUAAAUAAUGCUCGGGGCUCUUCAGCACUUAUCAAUAUCACAGUGCAAUAAUAAGCCUACAGUACUGUUUCCAUGAACACAGCACAGUCCAUUAACAGAGGCACAUGUGUGUGAAUGUGAUCCCUCUGACUGCACACUGUUAGCAGCCACAGAACUGUUUCAGUAACAUAUUCACACGUCAUAACAGGAAAAGGAAAUGGGUAUCUAAUAACAUUAAUAACGGCUGCAUUCCAUUUAUGAGUUGCAGGCCUACUUCUCUGAUAUGGUGUAAGACUACUGAGACACUCAAAGGGAAUGGAGUUAUCAUUCAUGUUAUUAGUUCCACUUGUGUUUUUCCUGCCAAGUCAAAAUGUAUGCUGCAAAGAAGGCCUGUAGGUUUAACAUAUCCACCAGCACCUGACUCUUGUUUUUCCCAUUACCCCACUAAUGAGCACAGUGUCAGAUGAUGCAGUCACAAAUGUGUGGGCAUUAAUGAUGCUGUUUCCAAAAACAUCUCUGACUUAGAUUGAAAUAAAGUGUAACAUAUUUCGGGGCGAUUGUGGCUCAGAGGUACAGCAGGUCGUCCACUAAUCGGAAGGUUGUUGGUUUGAUCGCUGGCUCCUCCUGCAUGUCGAAGUAUCCUUGAGCAAGAUACUGAACCCAACAAACUGCUCCCGAUGCUGUGUCAUCAGUGUGUGAAUGAAUAAGUUAGUUUCUGUUCAUCUAUCAUCUAUCAUGAUGAUAGUUGUAGUGUAAAAGCACAGAAGACUAGAAAGGCGCCAUACAAGUACAGGUCCAGGUCCAUUUACCAUUUAAAAAACAGCUUUUUCUGUCAUGAUAAGGAAAAAAUUAUAACUAUAACUUACUUUUGGAAACUGAUCGAUGGAAAACUAAAAGGUAAGUGAGAUUUUAAGAUAAUUGCUGUUGAGUUUUAGUUUAUUUUUCAGUGUACUUUUUCAGUGUGAGCCACUGGCACCGGCCAACCCCCACACUUUCAGGUGUUAUGCUAACCUCUUCAAC